AUGGCCCCCGCGACUCCGCUGAACGCCUCGGCUGCCGCGGAGGAUCCUGCGGCGCAUCGCGGCCGCUCCUUGUUGAGCACUGCGGAGCUUCUCUACCUCGAGGAAGGCAUCGCCUGCAACGUCCGCGAAGACGGGCGCGCAUGCAUUCAUGUUCGCCCGAGCGAAGUGGAGACCUUCGCGCUGCCCAAGUGCUCAGCCUCCGCCAUCGUCCGAAGCAGCGAAAAUACAGUGCUCUGCGGAAUCUCCGUACAGCUUGCGCGUCCAACAGGGGUGCCUGACGAAGGCGAGUUCUACCUCACUGCCGAUUGUUCUGCAGCGCUCGGCGUGGGGGGCGUGGCGCUGGAGGCCUUCGGACUCGGCGAAGGGAGCUCGAGCGGCAGCCUGCAGUCGCUUCUGGCGGACAUGAUGCUGAGCGCUAUCGACCGCAAAAAGCUCUGCCUAGUCCCCGGGAAACUCAUUUGGAAGGUUUUCGCCGACUGCGUCGUCUUGAAGGCGGGCGGCUGCCUCCUCGACGCCAUCAGCCUGGCGGUGCAUGCCGCGCUGCGGACGACAGUCCUCCCCUGCGUCUUCGUUGACGACGAGGAAGGCGAAGAGGGAGAAGACGGAGAUACCUUUGGUCCGAUCUCGAUUCGGUGUGACGAAAGAGAAGGCGCAGGCGAGCCGUUCCCUGCUGAAGACGUGCCGAUUAUCGUGACCGUAGGAGAGAUUGCGAAUCGCCACGUCUGGGAUAUGACGAGUAACGAGGAAUCCGCCUGCUCCUGUCGGCUUCUCGUGGCUGUCUCGCCGCGCGCGUACAAAGCUGUCGGCGUUCAGAAGCUCGGUGCUUCGCUCAUCGACCUCUCCACGCUCCCGACAGUCAUGACGAACUCUCAGCACGUCUGCCGCGAGAUCUUUGCGCGACUUGCACAGCAGCUUGCGAAGCAGAAGAAACAGAAAACUCGGCAGCAACUUCACGCGUUCAUGCGCACGAUGGCUGAUCUUUGA